GGCAUUCCGAUAAAAUUCAUUGACGGACAGAGAAAUAUAGCAAUUAAAUCUGCACUGGCUCUUUACGCUGAAUUUAACUACUCACGAAACCGCGUCCUGGGUAAAAGAUGAGUUUCGGUAAUAUUUUCCGAAAAAUGUCCAUUGACUUAGAAAAACAGGACCCUGAUCCCACCACCAGUGGUCCUGCCCAGCAAACGGAAGUUUCCGGCGUUAACAUUUUUGCUGCACCUGGAAAAUUGUUGGAUUCUGUGAAUACGAAAACCGGCCAGUUAGUAUCUGACUUGAACCAGCGGCUGGACUUGGGCAAACGGUUAGGUAAUCUGAGGCAAGCUUCCUUGAUCAAAUUUGAUCAUGUUGUUCAUGGAGGUUCAUCCAUGGUCAAAAGUGGUGAACCAGCCCGUACCGAACAUGGAGAAAAUUGCGGUCAUCCAUCUCCUAAGUUAGGCAGCCCAACAAGCAUUUCCUCAUCCUCAACGGAUCAAGAAUCGUCAACUUCUACUUUGCGACGUCAGAGCACGGAAUCAUCUUCCCGCCCACCAAGACCUCCUCCACCCUCACCUGCAGCUCUGAGUCGUGCAGUAAGCUUAGACGAAGCUGCUUUAUCCUCUAAAGGCCAAAAACAUACGAAACUUACAGAGACCGUCUCAACUUUCAAUAAGUUGGACCCCGCACUGGAGCUAGACGAAGACCGAAAUACGGGUUGGCAGCGUUCUGGUGAGGAAACUCUAAAGGAGGACAGCGACAGUUCAGCUUCAGAGUACGGUAGGGGUGGUGACAUGCCCGUCUACAAACCCGAACCAGACGUUCUAGUAAACGCACCUAUACAGCCAUCUAGCGUGGAUUACUCUCAACAUCAGGAAAGUGGCUUGUCAGACGUGGCAACUGCUGGUCCAACGAAAACAAUGCUGGAAACCUUUGUUUCAGCUCUAAUACAAGGAAGAUGGGAUGAAGUCAACUCUCGUGAAACAGAAUUACAAGACAUUCUCGGAACUGCUCCUGGUAGGAUGGCAUUUGUCAACCUGUUGGAACAGAAGUCCACUGAGGCUCAGGGACGAAUAUCAAGUAGUGCAGUGGAAUCACUUUUACGUGAACUGGACUAUCUUUUAGUGGAAUGCCAAAACGCUGAAGAUUUCUCUCCUGCGAAGAAACUCCUAACAACCUCACUACUGUACAAAGUUGAAGAUUAUCCAGGCUCACCGGAUGGUGAGGUUUUGUUUACGCUAAUCAAGAACAGGCCCAUCUGGCAGUCGCUGCGAUUUUGGAAUGCUUGUUUCUUUCAAUCCAUACAGGAAGCGCGUGCCAAAACUGCAGUUCAAACAGAACGAGACAAAGAAUCGGACAAAACUUGUUACGAUCAACUGAAAUCCUAUUUGAAAACCAUGAACGUGUUUGGUCUUCACGAGACGAUUCAACAAGAAUUUCUGCGCAAACAGAGUAGCCUUUUCAAUCUGACUGAUGAUGAGGUGCAAUCUUUGUGGACUGUCAUUGAGGACUCGAGUUGAAUAAGAAGCGCAUGAUUUAAACAGUCGCUUGCCGGUUCCAACACAGGCUCUUCAAAAACGGGAACAUGGCCACCACAUCGCUGUUGCUAGACGCAGAUUAUUGUUUCAGAUUACAAGCAUUUCCACUUUAUUCACAAACCCAAACUAUUUAGUUUCCCGCCACCUGCACUUAAAGAGAAGUAUGAAAUGAUAUUAUUCGGUUGCAAAUACGAGGACUAUUCUUUGUUGUGUUUAUCAAUGUGAGCUUAACCGUUAUAAUUACCUCUUUUUUGCUUUUCGCCAUGUCGCUCACUGACAUAUUCAUUCUUAUUGGAAUCCGCCCACUAUGUGUUCCAUCGAUAAUUAUUCCUACUCUGUCACUUGCUUCACCUAUGUUAAGAGUAGACGUAAUAUAAACCCUGCCUUGUUUCCGG